AUGGAGGGGGCCCCCGGGGGGCCCCCUGGGCACUGUGCGUUCCAACUAUGGGUCGGUAAUAUCCCCUUUGAGGCCUCUGAAGCGGAAUUAAAAGCAGCGCUGUCUGUCGCCGGUAGAGUGCUGGGCGUUCGAGUUAAGUAUGAUGCUGAGUCAGGGCAGUCAAAGGGGUUUGGCUUUGUUGAUUUCCCCGAUGUAGAAAGCUGCUUGCUGCUGCUGCAGCAGCAGCAGCAGCAACCGAUUGAGCUGAGAGGGAGGCGGCUGAAGCUCGACUGGGCAGCAGCAGAAAUGCGAGAAAUGUAUGGAACAGGAGGGGGGCCCCCUGCUGCUGCUUCUGCUGCUGCAGCAGCAGGAGCAGCAAACCCCCAAACCAGAGACCAAAAGUGGGAUAGAGGAGGAACAAAACAGGAGGCCCGGGGAGGCAAGAGCAGGCUAGCUGGAUCUGCUGCUGCAGCUGCUGCUGCUGCUGCUGUUCCAGGGGGUAGGGACGGGGGAGCAGCAGCAGCAGCUGCUGCUUCUCUGAUGGGUUAUGCUCCUUCUGAUCCUUUUGCUGCUGCACCUGGUAUGCUGCCUUCAUUUGUUUGCGAGUUUAUGCAGUGUAUGUCCACCUCGCAGCUGCUGCUGCUGCUGCAUGCGCUGCAGCAGCUCGCGCUGCAGCAGCCCCACCGCUGCCGCCGUUUUCUAACGGAUAAUCCUUCUCUGGCGUUUGCUGCUACUUAUGCAAUGUAUUUAGUUGGGUGCAUCAGCAGCAAAGACCUCAGUGCAGCAGAAGCAGAAGCGCAGCAGCACAAGCAGCAGCAGCAGCAGCAGCAGCAGGUUGCUGCUACCUUUGAUGCACUCAAAAGGCUGCCAGAGUUCGAGAGGCAGCAGCUCCAACGCAACAGAGAAGAACGGCAGCAGCAGCUUAAGGCAGCAAACAUGCUCCCUACUCACCGCGAGCCUACUGCAGCGGCUAACACUAGCAGCAGCAGCAGCAGCAGCAGCAGCACAAGCGGGAUAGCUACACCGGCAACAGCAACACCGAUGGGGGGCGUUCUGUCGCCGCGUGUAGCAGCAGCAGCAGCAGCAGCAGCUCCAGCAGCAUCUGGAGCAAUGCCUGCUGAUGUUGCUGCUGGAGGGGGGCCCCCGGGGGGCCCCCCACUUGGUCCUGGGGGCCCCCCGCGUCAGUGGGUGGCUGCUUCUAAAGCAGCACCUGCAGCACUGCCUCUGCUGCAGGCAGGAAGAGCUUUAGGUGUCUCCCCACAAGGGGGCCCCCACGCUGCAGCAGGGGUCCCCCCACAGCAGCAGCAGCAGCCGCAGCCGCAGCAACAGCAGCCGCAGCAGCACCAGAACACGACAGGCCUUGCAGAAGCCGCUGGGGGCUUGCGGGACGAAGUUGUAAAGGCCCCAACAAUGCUGAACAAGUAA